AGUUUUCGUCAAAAACAACAAUUCAAUUUCCCACGAUGAAAAGUAUACUGAUUUUAACGCUUCUUUUGAGUUGUUUCAAUGGCAUUUAUUCAAACUUGACUCUCGAUGAAUUAAUGGACUUGAUGAAAGCGUUUCGACAACAAUGUGAGACAAAAUCGAACGUUGACGAGGAAUUGGUUGAUGGCAUCAAUUUGGGUAAAUUUCCAAAGGAUCCUGCACUAAUGUGUUACACACAUUGUAUACUUGAAUCAUUGAAUAUGAUCCGAAAGGGGAAGCUGAAGGCUGACCUUGCAAUAAAAAAUGUCAAUACAUUUCUACCGGCAAAUAUGCGUGAACAAUGGGUUAGAGGCAUUACAGCUUGCAAAGAAAUAGGAGAUGAAAUCACGGAGCCCUGUGAAAGAACCUUUGCAAAGGUCGAGUGCUUCUACAGUAAUAACGAUCACUUUUUGUUCCCAUAACCACUGGGAAUUCAACAAAUCGCAUUAAGUUUUGAUUUUUUCAAAGAUUUGUACAAUACAAACAUUGUAGUUAUUCAAUAUUAGAAAUUAUAUGUUUUUUUUUUCUACUGUUGGCCACUAAAAAUAUUGCACAA